AGAGAGAGCGAGAGGAAAGAGGUAAAAGGGGGAGGUGUGUGCAGUCAUAGGAGCUGAAAAGAGCAGCACACACCCUUCGCUGCCUCACACUGCCAGACUGCCAGACCCACCGGAGUACAGUAAACACGAAGUUCUGGCUUGACGAAAGACAUCUUUCACAAAGGAAAACAUCAUAAACUUGUGGAUAAAGGAUCAUCUGAACAGCCAACAAAUGAGAUGCAGACUGAUCACACAUCUGGGAGAUUCAAAGAGCUAUUGUCAGAGUGCCUAAACAAUACCAGCCUUCAUCUCUGCUCACUUGUCAGGAUCACGCCAGUUAGAGACACUGUCGAGGAUUUUGGCUUCCUUGCAGCAGGGAGGCCAGAAAAUUAACCUGGACGUUGCCUAAAUAAAGCACAGAGACCUAACAUCUACGGACAGCUGAUUUCUUAAAGCUAAAGCAGUUUGGAUUUAUUUUCCACACGGGUCAAAAUUAAAGCUUUCAACCAAAGAGGACAUUUAGAAGGCUGAUGCAAUUCGGUAAUAACCAAGCAACUGUGACUUUAACGAAUGAGAAACAAGCACAAAGCAACUCUUACUAAAUACUUUGGAAGACUGUAAACAAAACAGCCUCUUGAAUGAACUUUCCAGCAUAAAAUGUUAUAUUCACAUGCACCUUAAAUGGGAGGAAGUGCCAUAUACAUUGUUUCCCUUCACGUCCGUCAUGUUAGACUUAUGAUAUCCAAUAUAAAGACCAGAUCCCUUUCUUAAAAGGAAAAGUAAUCUGUGGGCUGCAGACUAAGAUGGAAACAAAAAGCAUGUUCUGCUUACCAAAAUAGAAGAGGAAAGGAAAGAAAAAUCUGGGAAGGAGGAAAAACUGGAGAGUUUCAUUACCCUUUGCUCCAGAUUUUUCAGUGUUGUUUUUCCAACGGGAUUUCUUCCAAGGGACGUUGGAGCUGACCCUCUGGGAGGUCCAAUUAGACUGAGAUAAACACUUCAUGAAGGAACAAAGUAAGAGUAAACUCUUUACGGCAAAUUUCAGCUGACUGCUUGGGGAAGGAAAACGGCUACAGCAGGAGUCAUGCAUGGAAGCAGGAACCUGAAGUGCUGAAGUGCCUCUUUACAUUCUCAGUUUUUAGGUGUUUAAACAAUUUUGUUGGACAAAAAACAGAAACAGAAGGAUCUGAUUCUGGAUAGUAAUGGAAAAAGGACAUACAUCUAUAAGGAGAGGGGUGAGCUGGAGUCCAGGAGGACUGAGAAAACCUACUGAGUCAAAACAAGAAACGCACCCUCCUGAGACUGACCGCAACACAUCCUGGGAGAAGACGGGAUUCAGCAAACAGCAUAUUAGUCGAAAAACAAAUCUGAGCAGGAGUGCCAGUUUAUCAGAAAAAGAGCUGAAGGAGGCGCGGCUGAAAAGUCACAUCAUUGCCGCUCAGCUCACCAUCCCCUCCAACUCUGGCUCCAGCUCCAGGGGUGUGCAGCUUUUCAACCGGCGCAAGCAGAGAGUGAACGCCUUCACGCUUGAAAGUUGUGGACAAGGGUCAGAGGUGGACAAAACUGAGAAUGUGAAAAGUGAUUUCUUGUCUGAUAAGCAAACCUGGGCAGAGAGGAGCUGUGAGGAAAAGGACAGAGACCUUAACUUGAAGAAUAAUAAGACAAAUUUCUUGCCAACUGUAAGCACCCUUUCAAUUGGUGAUAUAAUGGACGAGCAAAGUAAAAAUUUUAUCAAGGAAGAAGUCAUGGAGAACAAUGAUAUCCAGGAAAGACAUUUCCUCCCUGUCAAAGAAGAGCCAGAAGAAGAGGAAGACAUAAAAGACAAGAUUCAUGAGGAUCUAGAGGAUGUUGCAAGGCACGAAACUCCUCUGGGAAGUAAUAACUCUCAUCCAGCUGUGAUGACACAUGUUGAAAGGAAGACAGAGACAAAUGAGGGCCACCCAGAGGUUGUUCCCAAUGAAAAGCUUCCUAAUGGCUGUCACAGCACCUCUGGUUCAGAGAGGACCUCCUUACUCUCAUCCUCCAAAAAGACGGCCGCCUUAAUCAACAGAACAGCCCGACCCUUCUUCUCACCACCAACAGUGCACUCUCCAGAGGUAGUCAGUCCUGCUCUAGACAUCCCACCUCCACCGUCUUAUGCCACUCCUCCUCUCCCUUCGUCCACUCAACCUGUCACAUUCUCCUCUCCACCUCCAGCACCAUCAUAUCCAACACCUCCGCUGCCAGCCUUCACAAACCGACCCCCACAGACUUUCUACUCAAGUCCACCUCCAAUGUCUCCUGUUACCUCCCCAUCAUGUCCUUCACCAUCUAACUUUCCUGUUUCCCAGCACCUACCUGCACCCCACUGUGGCCCCUCGACAGCCCCAAAGCCCUCCACCUUUGUUCCACUGCCCACUGGAGAAAGGAAGUUGAUAACAACAAUCAAAACAGGGAUACUAGAAGAAGGUUCAGCCAGAAGGGCAAACAAGAAGUCAAUGUUUACAUUUAAAGAGAAGCCAGUGGUCACUCCAAACCCUGAAUUGCUCUCUUUGGUGCAAGGAGUGGAUGAAAGAAAGAAACAUGGACACAGAUUGGUCCCUGAACCUGUAUCUGAAGAGGAGUUACUGGCUUUGGGAGCAGAAGCCUCCAACUUCCUUGCCAAAGAAGAGGUAAAAACAAAGGGAGCAAGAGCCCCAGAGUGGGCCUCUUGUCUCAAGAGCUCAAAGACCCGACCAAGGCUGGACCACCAUCCAGAGCAGACCCUCACAAAUGUGUCAGGAAAGGGGGCAGAACUGUUUGCUAAGCGUCAGUCAAGGAUGGAGAAAUAUGUUGUUCAGAAUGAGAAUCCAGGACAAAUUAGAUCUCCUUCUCCUACAACGUCUCUGCCACCAUCCUGGGUUUAUCCAUCGAACAUGCCAGGAAGGGUCAAAGCCAUUGCCAAGAACUCUGAAGUAAAUGCACAGAUUUCACAAAAUUUAAAGGCCCAGCAAGUCGUCAAGCAAAAACCAAAACCAAAACUUACAGUACCAGAGCCAGUUCUGGAGCCACCUACGUCUUUAGAAAAUGGUUGUUCCAAGAUAGAGAUGGACCUCGCAAGACACCGUCCCUAUCAGCUCAACUCUUCCCUCUUCGUCUUUAACCCAGUCAAGGACCCGAUAAGCACACUACCCAAAGGAGCGCCUCAAGCCAAGAACUUACUUAGUGGCCAAAGUUUUUCCAGACAGACUUCUUUACCUAACACAGCCUCUUCUUGCUUCAGUAGCAUGUCUCUUCAGCAGCCUCUCACCUCCAAAAGAGGAUCAGGGCACCCUUCAAAUCCGGCUUCCCCGCAUCCAAGGAUCACUUCUCCGAUGUCUGCUUUUUCUCCAGAGCGAGUAUCCUCCCCUCGGUCUGGAAUUCAGGCACCAAAGCCAACGUUUUCUGCCAAGAAGGCAGGAAUUACGCCACAGGAAUCAAAGGAGUCCUCCCCUGUUGAGUUUACUGGUGAAACAUCCACAGCAACCAGCACACCUAGCUUAACCAGACAUUUCAGCAGCCUGGCUAGCCAAACAACUAGAUUAUCAAUCUCCAGCUCUCAAACAAGCCAAUCACCAACGACCAUCAGUGGAUCCAUCUGCUCAGUCACGUCUCCUAUCGACCCGUCCAGUAAUGCAAGAUCCCAGUCCUUUAUGACCAAUCAGAAUAAUCAGUUUUCUUCUGUCAACUCCACUUCUACACCCAGGACCUACCAAACAGCUACAGCCACCUCUCCAUGCUCUCCACCUUGGGGUUUAAGAUGUCAGUCCCCAGCUGUCAGCCAGUCCUCCACCACUGCCUCCAUUCCUUCUUUCAGACCCUCAGAAAACUCUAAAACUAAUUACCCUAUUUCUCCUCCUUGGGGUUCUAGAUGCCAGUCCCCAUUUGUGAGCAAUAACAAGGCCUCCACGGCUGCAUCUUUCUCCACGUCCAGACCCUCCAUUACAUCUGUUGCCACUUCUCCAAUAUCCCCUCCCUGGGGAUCAAGGUGCCAAUCCCCAGGAGUGAGUCAGAAUACCCAAUCUUCCACCAUUUCCCCAUGUCCUACAUUCAGACCUUCCCUAACUCCUCCAUGGGGAUCAAGAUGUCACUCGCCAUCUGUAAGCCAGAAUAAUCAAUCCUCUGGUGUCUCUGUUUCCCCAUCCAGACCUUUGCAAAUAUUUGCAGCCACAUCUCCUGUCUACCCUCCAUGGGGCUCACGCUCCCAAUCACCUGCGCUGUUUCAAAGCAGCUCAUCCUUUCAUUCCCCUAAUCAUCUGCACACAACAGCCACCACCUCACCUCCACAACAAAAAGACAGUAGCUGCAUGUCCCAGAUUGUUAACAACCUAGACUCAAAAGCAAAUCAUCGACUCCUUGCGAAAAAUAUUAUAAAUGCAGCCAAACGUAAAAACAGCCCCUCCCCUGGUGCACUGAGCGGUCAUAGCCUCCCCAUUUCACCUCUGGGAAAUACCCAAAAUGACUGGCAAAAACCACCAAUCGGCCCCUUCCUGCAGACACCCUUGGGGGCACAGUCUCCCACCUUCACCAGCCCUCCUCCCACCCCAACUCAGAGAAUCUGCUCCCCUGUAAGGCUCUACAACACCCGUUCUCUGACCGACUCGGAUGCAUCUGUUGAGUCUGAGGACUCAGGCCUCAGGUCACCUGGCCUGCACUCCUACAACAACUGCCCCCGUGGUUGGGGAGGCAGCCUGAGGGUCAAAAGAAGUACUGUCUCCACUGACCUGUGAGGUUGUUAGCCUACUGGAUGUUCAAUUAAAACAUACUUCCUGUGUAAACUUAUUUUUGGCAUUUAAAAAUAGUUUGAAAGAGUUUUGGACUGAGUUUCCUUACAUUUCAGUAAAGCUAAUUGUUGGGCCUAAACCAUAGUAAAUGUUGUAUCAAGAUAGUUAUAGUUUUCCAUAUGGCUCACAUUCCUUGUAUGCACUGACAAGAACAAGUUUUUUAUGAAACACAGUUGCUGUGGCUUGUACGCUUUUGACAUACCAAAAGUGCUAAAAACAUAAUCAAAGAUUUUAAAUCGUCUCCACUAUAGUUUUGGAACAAAGAAAUGUCACAGUCAUUACUACAUUUAUCAUAUUGACUGGUCUAAUAAAAGUCAUAACGGAAAGAGACUCAAGGCAUAGAACAGACACAUUAAAAUGCUAAUAAUAUUUAGCUUAAUGGGCAUUUCAGUGCUUUAGUUAAAACAUGAUAUUUUGCACUUAUACACUACAUGCAAUGGUCAUAUUUUACCAUAAAGUCAGUUGUAAUUGCUUUAUUUUGUACUGGGUGGUAUCUUGAACUUUUUCACAUUUUGCUGUGUUUCAAUCACCAACUUACAUUUUAUUAUUGGACCUUAUCAUUUUAAAUGAUCCAAAGUGGUUUUCAAAAUUGAACAAAAAUCUAAGAUAGUGUGCAUUUGAAUUUAGCACCCCUGUGUCCAUACUUUGUAGAACCCACUUUCGUUGUAAUUACAUUUGCAUGUCUUUUGGUAGAUGUUUCUAUCAACCUUUCACAUCUUAAGGAGGAUAAUGUUGCUUGGUCUUGCAAAACAGCUCAGGCUUAGUUAGAUUUCAUUCAGAGCUUCUGUAAACAGCAAUUUUUAAGUCACAGUUUCUUGUUUGGACUUAGGUCUGGGAUUGACAGGGCCAUUCUAACACAUGAAUAUGCUUUGAUCUAAACCAUUGUAAUGUAGCUAAGGCUGUAUAUUUAGUGUUGUCCUUCUGGAAGGUAAACUUCUGCUCUACUCUCAAGUCUUUUGAAGCCUCUAACCGGUUUUCUUCUGAUAUAACCUGUAUUUAGCUUGCUUGUACACUGUAGAAAACCAUCCCCACUGCAUGAUACCGCCAGCACCAUGUUUCACUAUGGUGAUGAUUUGCCAUGGUUAUUGUGCAGUAUUUUUUUUCUCGAACACAUAGCGCCUUCCAUGUAGGCAAAACAUUAACGUUUGUGGGUGUGGUGUGACAAAAUCUAUCUGCUAUCAAGGGCAAUGAAUAGUUUUCCAAGUUACAAAGCCCAAAGCUCCUAAAAACUUUUCCAUGAUGUUCACAUUGUCAUUCUUGGUAAAAAAAAAAAGAAAGAAGAUUGAUCUAAAUUCCACCUUAACCCAUUUACAUUAAAGUCAAUCGACAAUUUUUGCAGUGCAAAACCAGUUGGCAUGUUGUAUAAAGGCUCUUUUAAAUAUUUGAAAAAACGAACGUGUGCUUCACAGAUGGAACAUCAGACAAAGGGAGAGUAUUGAAAAAAAGACAUGUGGAAGUAAAGUUUAAUCAAGUAUUGGUGACAUGCGUAAAUAUUCUCAGAAUAUGUUUUUUUUAUGUUUACUUUGCUAUCACCAACACCCACAGCUCAUUACUUCAUAUCAGUAGGAUCUUUGACGUGGGAUAGAUAAAAUGUUUCAGUCUGUUUCAAUGAGGUUUGGAGGCAGAAGUGUAUUUCACACAAGUAGAGUAACAUGAUUAAAGGUUAUGAUGAAAAGAGCAUAAGUAUGUUGGAAGCCAUGCAGUGUUUGUCAGAGAGAGAUCAAAGGUAUUAAAUAUAUUAUAUUUCAGCUGGAUAAUGAAAGUCUAAUGUAUAUUUUUUGUAACUUCUAACAUUUCUCUGUAUACUUGAAUGCAGUUGUGAUCAUUCCAUUGUAAAGACUAAAUAGGCAUUAUUAAAAGCUUGAGCUCAAACAAAUACACCAGUCAAAUAAAUGUCUUGCUAUUAAACUUUAACCAGUUUUGGAUGACACUGCAUUUUGACAUGAAGCUGGCAAUUAGCUGCAAAUGUAAAUGCUCCCAGAAUUAUGUUUCUGCGUCAAGAAGUGUAACUCUUCCCACCAUGCCUGCUCCUCCACCAGAACAACACAUUACUUCUGCAUUUGCUGACUCACAGGCUAAGAGCAUCAGCACAUUGCUAAAUAUUUACUCUGUGUGUCUUUUGAGUGACAGGAACUUCUGCUUCUUGGUGUCCUUGCUCCCUCAGCAGGAUUGAGCCUAUCACUGUCAUGGAUAGAUUUCAGCUCUGGACAAAAUGCAGAUACCCUCAAACAGAUACAAAAAAUAUAUCAUCACCUGUUUAAUUCUGCUUAAUGGUUUUACAGCUACCUAAUAAUGUCACUGCAUUUCGUAAUUAAAUUCUUGUUUUAUAUCAUAACACAAUAAAUCCACAACUGAUGCAAAAUAAAA